GGAGGAAGGGAUCAAUGACGUGAAUGGUCCUCCUCUCCUUGCUCACUACUCUAAUUAUUAUUUUCAACCCUGCCACUUGCCAGCCCAUGAAUAGUCAAUACCAAACCAACAGGCAGGAAAUGAAGGAGCAGAUGCUUAGUUCAGUGCCUGGAGUGAGAUUUAUUUAUCGAGAACUGGUUCCAACCACAUGAGACGGACUUUGUCCGCUGCUGAGGAUUAUGGAAACUUUCUUUUUCUCUGUUUGAAGACUGAUGGAUUCUCUUUUUGGACUUUCUAUGUUUUGUCCACAAUGAUGAAGUUACUGGUUUAAAAUUGUGGUUGUAACAUUUCACCUUUUUUUGAAGACUGUUAGUUUCAGGGGAUAUAUAAAAAAAAAACCACAUUCAUCUUUUCGCACUGGGAGCAGUUUGCAAACGAACCUGUGUGGAGGGAAGCACAUGGUAAACUAAGUGUGUUUUUUUCUCGUCAGGUCAUCCCAGCAGUCUUAUUUGAGUGCUUCAGAGAGAGCUGCACACACUGGAAUAGCUAGAAUGUUUCUGUGGGCUGGAAGCAAAGGAGCUCAAGGAUCAGGAAGUGAGAGAAGCAGGACCUUUUAUCAGAAGAUUCGUGAGUAUGAUAUUUUGGAGAAGAGGAGGACAGUCACAGCGCUGAAGGCUGGAGAGGACAGAGCCAUUCUCUUAGGCCUCAGCAUGAUCCUUUUCUCUGCCAUGAUGUACUUUGUGUUAGGCAUCACAAUGGUGCGCUCUUACUCAGACAGCGUGUGGACAGAGGAGUCCAACUGUACAGUGCUAAACUCUAGCAUAGUUGCUGAGAUUAACUGCAGCUACAGUUGCGGAUCAGAAUGCAGGAAGAGCUCCAGGUUUCCCUGCCUUCAAGUAUACGUCAGUCUGAACUUUACUGGCAAAGUUCUGCGGCUGUCAUACAAUGAGGAGGCCCAUGAGGCCCACCCUGAGUGUUUUUACAUCCCAAAGUGCCGCAAGGAUCACACGCUGAUGCACAGCAUUGUGAUGAACAUCUCAGAGCGACUGAAGACGCACCAGCAGGUUCUGUGCUACUACGACCCCUCGGAGCAGCAGGACAGCGUCCUCCUGACACGUCUCUAUGGCCGCGGGGCCAUCAUUAGCUCACUCCUCUGGCCCACGUGCACACUGGUGGGGGGCACGCUCAUCAUCGCCAUGGUGAAGCUCACUCAGUACCUGUCUUUCCUGUGCGAGCAGAUCAGCCGAAUUAAAAGGAUGGGGCUCUAUUCCUUAACAGGUGUUUCUCACACCAGGGUCUGUACUCGGAAGUUUAACGGCAGCAUCCAGGAUGGGGUUUGAAUGGAAGUUUUUUCUACUCCGUAUAUAGCGACAAAGUGUUUCCGCUCUCCUCUGACACUCCAUCAGCCUUGUUAAUUUGCCAGGUCGUGUUGACAAGACUGAAGUAAUGUUGUGCACCAUUGACUCAAUAGAGUUUCUAGUGGUUGUAGUUGGAACUAUAAGACUGGGUCAAGUCCAAUCCUGAAACUCAAGGUUCAAAAUAUGUGGACAUGUUGUGGGGUGUCAAUUACACUUUCUGACCAGCAGAUAAGAGACUCCAUUCCAAGAAGCUGCCACUGUGUAGCAAUAUGUCUUGACCAGAUGACCGUUAUGUAAGAACAGAAAUUAAAA